AUGAAUACCUUCAUUAAAAUAAUCAUUUCUAUUGCUAUUAUUGGUGGUUUAACCUCAGCAGCAGUCAAUGUUGAAGAAUUAAGAAAAUAUUAUCUUCAAGAGACAAAUAAAUAUCGUGUUCUUCAUCAAGUUCCACAAGUUGUUGUUAAUGCUACAAUUCAAAAAGGAGCUCAAGAUUGGGCUAAUUAUUUAGCUAACACAGUUAAGGGACUUAAACAUAGUUCCAGUGGAUUUGGUGAAAAUCUUGCAUAUGCCUCAUCAUCAAUAGCCAAGAAUGCCGUUAAAAUGUGGUAUGAUGAAGUUCAAUAUUAUGACUUUUCUAAACAAGGUUUUACCUCAAAGACAGGACAUUUCACUCAAUUAGUAUGGAAAAAUUCUAAACAAGUUGGUUUUGGUAUAACUGAAAAAAAUGGAAUUGUUUAUGUUGUCUGUAGAUACUCUCCACCUGGAAAUUACCUUGGCCAAUUUGAAAAGAAUGUAUUCCCAGCUAAAAAGUAA